ACGCCCCCGGGCGGGCCACACCCACUUGUAGGCGUGGCUUUGUUGUGGCCACGCCCCCAUCCCGGCCCCGGGCGGGUGUCGCGGAGUGAUGACGUAAGCGGGAGCGCGGCGCGGCCUGUCCGCCAUGGCGAAGACCGUGGCCUAUUUCUACGACCCGGACGUGGGGAACUUCCACUACGGCGCGGGGCACCCCAUGAAGCCGCACCGCCUGGCGCUCACGCACAGCCUGGUGCUGCACUACGGCCUCUACAAGAAAAUGAUCGUGUUCAAGCCCUACCAGGCCUCCCAGCACGACAUGUGCCGCUUCCACUCCGAGGAUUACAUCGACUUCCUGCAGAGGGUGAGCCCCAACAACAUGCAGGGCUUCACCAAGAGCCUCAACGCCUUCAACGUGGGCGACGACUGCCCAGUGUUUCCAGGCCUCUUUGAAUUUUGCUCUCGUUACACUGGGGCCUCUCUGCAGGGAGCAACACAGCUGAACAACAAGAUCUGUGACAUUGCCAUAAACUGGGCAGGGGGCCUCCACCAUGCCAAAAAGUUUGAGGCUUCAGGCUUCUGUUAUGUCAAUGACAUCGUGAUUGGCAUCCUGGAGCUGCUCAAGUAUCACCCCCGGGUGCUGUACAUCGACAUCGAUAUCCAUCACGGGGAUGGGGUGCAGGAGGCUUUCUACCUGACAGAUCGUGUCAUGACAGUGUCAUUUCACAAAUAUGGCAACUACUUCUUUCCUGGCACAGGUGACAUGUAUGAGGUUGGUGCAGAGAGUGGCCGUUACUAUUGUCUCAACGUGCCUCUGCGAGAUGGCAUCGAUGACCAAAGUUAUAAGCACCUCUUCCAGCCAGUCAUUAACCAGGUGGUAGAUUACUAUCAGCCCACCUGCAUAGUCCUGCAGUGUGGAGCUGAUUCUCUGGGUUGUGACCGGCUGGGAUGUUUUAACCUCAGUAUAAGAGGCCAUGGGGAGUGUGUGGAGUACGUGAAGAGCUUCAACAUCCCCUUGCUGGUGCUGGGAGGAGGAGGUUACACGGUCAGGAACGUGGCACGCUGCUGGUGAGUGCUCUGCCUGCUGAGGGGCACUGCUGGGGCUCUUCUGUGGGAUUUGUCCCUGCAUUUCCCAUGUCCCUUUCAAUGAACUGAGCUCUUUCCCCAUGUUUGGAAAAACAACAUCUGGUACCUGGAUCAGAUCAGGCAGACCAUAUUUGAGAACCUGAAGAUGCUGAACCACGCUCCCAGCGUGCAGAUCCACGACGUCCCCUCGGACCUGCUCAGCUACGACCGCACGGACGAGCCCGAUCCAGAGGAGAGGGGCUCCGAGGAAAACUACAGCAGGCCUGAAGCUCCCAACGAGUUCUACGACGGUGACCACGACAAUGACAAAGAGAGCGACGUGGAGAUCUGAGGGCUCUGGGCUGCGGGGCCUCCCGCCUGGGACAUGGAUGCUUGGAGCACAUAGCUGGGCCCUGCAGGAGCCAGUUCAGCCCUCUCUCCAACUUAGACUAUGUGUGGUGGCAGCAGAGACAGCCCCACUGCAGGCUCCUGCCACCUGGAGAGGCACAGAGGUGACGCGUGCUCCUUACUUGUCACCACGUCACGGUUGCGGCUGUCACCGCUGUGGGAAUGGAGCCGUGCUGAGUCCUGGCUGGCAGCUGUGGGACUGCCCUCGGAGCCUGAGCCACGCUCCAUGCUUCCCAUGCAGGCUCCUGCAGCCAGCUGGGAGCUGGAGCAGCUGUGCCUACAGCCCUUGCCUCUGCAGCACUUGGGAUCCAUCCUGCUGUCCCUGACCUCCCCUCAGGUACCGCCCCGCUGUCCCCUGCAGCCUGCCUGGGAGCUGCUCCUGAUGUCCCUUCUAAGAAGCUGAUGCUCCACAGCUCCAGGAAUUAUUGGAUAAGACCAGGCCAGUUGUGGGGUAGGGGUCAGGAUGUCCUUGGAGCAGCUCAGUGGGGUGGAUGGAAGGAUGUGUGCAGAGCAUAGGCUCAUUGCUUCCCCCCACACCCAGAUCUGCAUUCACAAACGAGUUCUGCAGCACUUUGCUGAGUUGGACACAACCUCCCUGUUGUGUUUACUCCUUGGGAAGUUUAAGUCCCUGUGGAACAGAGGUUUGCCUGCCCAGGUCAGUACUUAGUGUGUCCUGAACCUUUAGUGUAGCUUCCAGCUGUGUUUCCCAAGUUCACACAUGUUCAGCAAGAGAUCUGGGCUGUUGGCUCUGAGAGGAAACAGUUCCUGGGCUGUACCCUGCAGAUGUUGCUCUGCUGCUGGGUGAGGGAAGCUGCUUCCUACGAGUGCUCUGUUCCUGCCCUCACCCAGCAGAGCUUUCCCUUGGCCAUCCCUCCCAUCCCAGAUGUUGCUGCUCCUCCUCGCGAGCCCUCAGCGGUACCUGUGUGGUCUGGAACGUGCUGUGUGGGGAGGUGGGGGGGUCAGCCUCUGUCUGUAUGGUUCUGUUUGUUUACUGAUGUCUUUGGACAUUAAAGAAGAGGCAGUAUUUUUCUUACCUGA